UAACCAGUUUAAGAUAGCGUAGCGUUAAUUCUAAAAAUCUCAUGCAGAAAUUUCUGGACCGACGAAAUCUGAGGAAAUACGUUCGAGUUUUUUCUUAUUUCCCUUGGAAAGAAUUGGUUGAAAAGAUUCAGUGGUGGGAAAAGGGCGUUCGAGAUGGGAAGAAAAUCGCCAUAUCUCUACCUGAUUUGCUCGGACAAGCCGCUUCCUCGGAAUAGGAUGUUCCCCAACAAAUGCGAUAACAGAUAUUAUCUUCUCAACAAAUAACAGAAAACUGUGCACCAUUGAUAAGGUAUCAUUGGCAUAUUCGCUUAUCACUUCUACGCCAAUGCCAAUUGCUACUACGUCAAUGCAGAGCACCCCACGCUCUCCAUAUGACUAUACCUUGCUUCUCUCUCUCUCCCUCUCUCGCUCUCUUUUCAACGGGCUGGCAACUGGGGAUGGUCGCACUACUCCCAUUGGCUGGCUCGUGCACAGACGCUGAUGUGCUAGCAGUUUCAGUCUUGCUUGACUCGCCGUCGAGAGCGGAUGUACGCACAUCGAGGCUACCGAGGAGUGCAUCGAUUCGGCGCGCGCGUGCUUUCUCUCUCUCUCCCCCUUGCUCGUGUAUCUCGCCUCUCCUCUCCCUACACACGCAGCUCUGGCUCUUCCGAAGAGCCACCAUCCGCGGGAGCAACCACAGUCCGGUCGAUGACUACUCUGUUACGCGCGCGGACACCAGCGGCGCAGCGCGACAGGACGAAAAGGACUGCUGCACUCGGCGAGCGCGGUGAACGGGAGCGAGCUCCGCGAACCGGGCACCACGACGGACACAACGGCGUCGAGUAGCGUAUCGUCACUUGCUGCCGCUGCGGCCGUCUUCACGGCGAGCCAAGUGUGUGCGGGUACAACAGUGUGCAAUAAUUUCACUCCGAUCCUCGCGACCGAUAUCUCGCGCCCUGUACGGCGCGAGCGGGGGCGCCCGCGCGCGCGAAAAGAGUCGCGGAAAGCGACGGCUUACCUCUGCCCAGCUGCGGAGCUCGAGCCGAGCGAACACGAGGAGCACCGUGCCAAGGCAGCCAAGUACGCCGAGUGGGAUAUGGAUUGUUCCAAGACUCGUCGAACACUGGACCGUUUCGUAGCGAGCAAAAAUGAGGACACGAGGUACAAAUCGAAUCGUUGCGUGAGCGGGGGCGGUAGCCGCGGAAACGGUGCGACUGGCGGUACCGGGGGCAGUUUAGGUACUGGAGGCGGCGGUCGCGGGGGCGGUGGUAGCCCCGGUAGGGGCAGCGGCGGCACCGGCGGAGGCGGCGGCGGCGGCGGAGGAGGCGGCGGCGGGGGAGGAGGAGGAACAGACGGUGGCGUGGUGCCCACUGCACCACCGACUACCGGCCCUCACCCUCACCACCAUCAUCCCCACCAACACCAUCAUCACUCUACCACCACGACCACCACCACCACCACCACUACCACCACCACCACCACCACCGGGGGCACGAGGCAUCACAGGCACAAACUGCCGGCCGGCAAGCAGUGCACCGAGCAUCGUCACCACCCACAUCACCACCGUCAUCACGCACACCAUCGCUCCCACCAUCGGGGCAUGAACAUGGGCCAAAAAAUUUCAGGCGGCGUGAAGAGCGUGACGCGCGAGAGCGGAGCCGGAGCGGGCACCGGAGUAGGCGUCGGUGCUGGCGGCACGAUGAUGUACAAGUCGGUAGUGCCGCGCGAGCUAUCACAGGAUUUCUCGAGACCGGCGCGAUUGGACGUACUCCUGGACAUGCCUCCCGCCUCGCGGGAGACACAGGUUCACCACAGUUGGAACGCCGAUGACCGUAGUCUCAACAUAUUCGUCAAGGACGACGACAAGUUGACGUUCCACCGACACCCGGUCGCGCAAAGCACAGAUUGCAUAAGAGGGAAGGUGGGAUACACCAAGGGCAUGCACGUGUGGGAACUCCACUGGAGCACGAGGCAACGAGGCACCCACGCCGUAGUGGGAGUCGCGACCGCGGACGCGCCACUCCACAGUGUCGGUUAUCAGAGUCUGGUUGGCAACAACGAGCUCAGUUGGGGAUGGGACCUUGGUAGGAACAAGCUCUACCAUGACUCGAAAAAUAACAACGGCGUGACGUAUCCGGCCCUCCUGAAGCCGGAUGAGUCUUUCAUUGUUCCUGACAAAUUCUUGGUGGUCCUCGACAUGGACGAAGGUACGUUAGCGUUCGUAGUGGAUGGCCAGUACCUUGGUAUAGCCUUCAGAGGACUCAAAGGAAGGAAGUUACACCCCAUCGUCUCCGCCGUCUGGGGACACUGUGAGAUCACGAUGAAAUACAUCGGCGGACUUGAUCCCGAACCGUUGCCCCUGAUGGACCUCUGUCGAAGAGUAAUUCGACAGCGAAUCGGCAAGCAGAGAUUAGAGGAGAAGAUCAAUGAACUGAAUCUGCCGCAAGCGAUGAAGACUUAUCUCCUCUAUCGCGACCGAAGGUAACCACCGAGUGAAUCUCCUAUCACCGUCGAAUACGAAUGCGAACGUCACUGCGCUACAACGUUGUUGGCACUACGACGCACAGGCGACCGCCCGCUACCCAUCCUCGCAUGCCACCGAGCACAGCAGCCCCUUAGCCGCGCGUCUCCGUUAAUCAAGCGUCUGAUGAUCAACAAACUGUCACGCAUGAUGCGACGACGAUUGAGUCGUGCACUGGCUCUUCGAGAAGACACGCCGAGAGAACGGCGCCGAGACACCGUACUGGUAACGACUCGCGGCCGCAUUGCAAUAAGCCGCGACGACCGCAGUAUUUAUCGUCGUUAUCGUAGAUGAGCUCGGCUCGAUGGCGACUGCGUGAUUCGCUCGAUAAAAAAACGUGAUUGUAAACGGAGCACAUUAAUCCAUCGUGAUUCUAACUCUAGUAGGCCUGAAUUUAGUUAGUCUUUUACGCGAUUUUAGUCUUAACGAAUUCAUUUAUAAAUUGCAAGGGGGAAAAAAAGAAGAACGCGGAAGACGAGGAGGACAGUUAUUUUUGUUGUGUG